AUGGAGGCAACCGAGCUCCAGCUCCGGCGUCCCGAUGCCGUCGCCGCCACCUCCUACGACGACGACGACGACGGUGGCUUCGCGGCAGGGGACGAGGCGGCCGUGCCAUUGCCAGGUGGUUGGAGGGAUCAUCUGACCGCGCGCGCCCUCGCGGCGAGCCUCCUGCUGUCGGUGGCGUUCGGUUUGAUGGCCGUGAGGCUCACCAUGGCUGCCGCCGGUGUCGUCCCUUCGGUCAACCUCUCCGCGAGCCUCCUCGCGUUCCUCUCCCUCCGCCUCGCCGCCGGCAGGAACCCCCUGACGCCGCAGGAGACCGCCGUCGUCCAGGCCACCGUCGCGUCCGCCACCGCCGUCGCCGUCAAUGCCGGAUUCGGGAGUUACCUGCUGGCGAUGAUGGUUGACGGCACCAAGAACCCUCGCCUAGGAUGGAUGAUAUCCUUCCUGUUCCUCGUCAGCUUUGCUGGCCUCUUUGUCCUUGUGCCCUUCAGAAAAGUUAUGAUCGUCGACUACAAACUGACAUAUCCAACUGGCACAGCGACAGCUUAUCUCAUCAACGACCUGCAUACGCCAAAGAGUGACAAGAGUGCAAAGAAGCAGCUGAGCGCACUGCGAAAGUAUUUCACAAUUAGCUUCCUCUGGGGCUUUUUCAAGUGGUUCUACUCUGCAGGAGUCGGUUGUGGGUUUCAAAACUUCCCAGCUUUUGGUCUCCAAGCUUAUAAGAACAGGUUUUACUUUGAUUUCUCUCCUACCUUCAUCGGAGCAGGGAUGGUUUGUCCACGAAUCGUCAGCGUGUCUGCACUGCUUGGAGGAGUCAUCUCAUGGGGAGUGAUGUGGCCAUUAAUCCGUAAGAAGGAAGGAGUUUGGUAUCCUGCCUCUCUACCUGAAGCCAGCCUUCAUGGACUCCAUGCUUACCGGUUAUUCAUACCGAUAGCCUUGGUUGCUGGGGAUGGGCUUUGCAAUUUCUUCAAGGCUCUUCUUCUCGCCAUGUCCAAGACCAACAAGUCAUCUCGCGCCAUUCCUGUCUCGGAGAGAGCUGAACCAAGAUCGGCCGGCGACGACGAACGCCGCGCCGAGGUCUUCCUGAGGGAGCGAAUUCCCGGAACGCUUGCGUGCGCCGGCUACGUCGUCGUGGCCGCCGUGUCGGCCGGGCUGCUUCCGGUCAUCUUCCCGGAGCUCAGGUGGUACCACGCCGUGGCCGUGUACGCCGUCGCGCCUGUGCUGGCGUUCUGCGACGCGUACGCCACCGGCCUCACCGACUGGUCGCUUGCCUCCGCGUACGGCAAGGUCGCCGUGCUCGCCGUCGGGGCGUGGGCCGGCGGCGCGCUCGCGGGGCUUGCCGCCUGCGGCGUGGUGACGAGCAUCGUGGCGACGGCCUCCGACGUGAUGCAGGACUUGAGGACCGGGUACGUGACGUCGACGUCGCCGAGGUCGGUGUUCGUCGGCAAGGCGAUCGGCGCGGCGGUCGGCUGCGUCGUCGCGCCGUGCGUGUUCUGGCUGUUCCGCGGAAGCGCCGGCGCCGGCGCCGAGCACCCGGCGACGCCGUACGCCGCCGUGUACCACCAAAUGGCGGCGCUCGCCGGUGGGCACGGCCUCGGCAGCUCGCUCCCGAAGCACUGCCUCGCCCUCUCCCUAGCCUUCUUCGCCGCGGCGGUCGCCAUGAACCUGGCCCGCGACCUGCUGCCGUCAAGAACGGCGGCGGGGCUAGUCCCGAUCGCGACGGCGAUGGCGGUGCCGUUCUACGUGGGGCCCUACUUCGCCGUCGACAUGAUGCUUGGUAGCGCGGCGCUGUUCGCGUGGGAGACGGCGGACAAGGUCGAGGCGGAAGCGGGUGGGCCGGCGGUGGCGUCCGGAUUGAUAUGCGGCGACGGCAUCUGGAUGCUGCCGGAGUGCGUUCUCGCUAUGUCCGGGGUGAAGCCUCCGAUCUGCAUCAAGUUCCUGUCAAGAUCGGUGAACGCAAGAGUCGAUGCAUUCCUAAGGAUAUGA